UAUUUUUUCGUUAUAUUAAAUGUGUAGUGGGAACUUUGACGUUUCGAAAGAACCAUUUAUUGUGGUGCGCUUGCUUAUUUUACAGUUAGCAAUAUUUCCUUGUAUAUCGACUAAUGAAAUGCAUUUGUUUCGUUCUAUCUAAUACAUGGAUACACGAAAUGAAACAUUACGUGGUAUUACUACUUCUCCGACUUAAGUACAGUUCAAGUUUUUCUUUUAAGCUUUGCAAUCUUUUUUACUACCACUACUACUACUUGUUUUGUAUUAUUUAUCAAUAAAUUAAAUAUCAUUAGGUUGUGGACAAAAAAAAAAAACCAAAAUGUCAUCGUCAUCGGGAGUAAUCUGUUCAAUAUGUAUUGAAAGUUUUACUGCAUCGGACACAAUCUACGUUAUUACGUGCGGCCAUUUAUUCCAUGCACAAUGCAUUGAAGAUUGGAAACUAAGAUCCAGUAAUUGUCCUGAUUGUCGAUUUGUGUUCAUUUCGAUGGAAAAAGUCUUCCUCAAUUUCGAGGAGAAUUAUAUAUCUUCAGGAAUGGCAAAUGAACGAAGAGCAAAACUGCAAAGCUAUGAAAUCGAAUUAAAGGAAUUGCGGGAUCAGCUGCGUGAUAGUGAAAAAAAUUUCCUCUACAUGCAAGAACAAUACACUGUAUCUAACGAGAAAGUACAUAAAUUAAUAAAGGAACUGAACCAUAUUAAGACGGACGAAGUAACUUGCUCAGCCGUACAAAGGGAAGAACUACAUGAUUUUCAGAAAGAGUGCCGUAAUGUGAAAACAUGCGUUCAAAGCACUUUUUCAAUCGUGCAAAAUAAUUAUCGCGACAUACAGCGGGAAAUGGAAAGAAUGCGAGAGUUAACUGCUCAAUGCUACGUUGCUAUGAAAUUGAAUGAUGAUACCCAUGAGUGCGAUGAAACGUCAUCUCUUUGCGUGAAAGAGGAAUUUCGUGAUUACGUUGUCAUUGUGAAACGAUAUCCCCUCAAUAAACUGAUCUAUCCACUAAUCGAUAAUAUAUAUGCUCUGGCCUCAGCUAUGAAUGUUAAAAUAACUGUAAACGAUAUCCAUGAAGUUCUUAAGAUUGAUUGCAAUUCCGGGACUGCACCAGAAACAGUAUGUCUGCAAUUGCAGUUUAAACGCAUAAAGGCUCGAAACAAAUUUGUAAAUAACCAACAAAAACUGCAGAAAUGCAAGGACUACGGUUCUAUUGGUAUUUAUGAAUACAAAGAAGGCGACGUUAAAAAUUCGCUUUAUCAUUAUGCUAAAGCACAGCUAAGGAGUUACGGAUUCGCGGCAGUUUUUACUCAGAACGGUCAAAUUAUGGCUAUUUAUGAUCGCAAGAUCGCAAAUAAACCAAUACGUAUUCGUUCGAAAAAGCAAGUCGAUCGAUUAGUUAAACAGUAUAAGUAAAAAAAGAUCUGCAACAACAUUAUACAAUGAUGUCUAUUUAAAUCGUUUGAAAUCAUUUCCAAGUAAACUAAAUCUAUUUCUUAGUUUCCGUAAUAAUACCCGAGUCAAUCUAACCCUAUCCGUCCGCCGUUGGUAAAAGCUUAUUUUCCGCAAAAAUUGGUAUUCAAGGCUGAAAUUUAGCAUACAGACACCUAGUCGAUCGCCAUAGUUCGGAUUAAGAAGUUGACUUAACCAGGCCCCAUAAUAUUAUUCUUAAUCGGUAAAAAGUAACGUAUAACAAUACUACAACAAUCAUCGGUUUGGAAGCGCUUGAUGCAUACAGGUAUUUCUGAAUAGCCGCAAAAUUGCAGGAAAUUAUUUGGUACGUACAUAUAUGAAGACCAAUUAAAAUGGUUCACAAAUAGUUGGACAAUAAAUAAAAACUGAAAUUUACAGUUUAUAUGCAACUCGCAUAUUCAUCUUAAAUUCGAUACAAAUAUCUUUGGCAAUCAAUUAAAAUACAAUGGCAAUGCAAGCAGUGCAAUGACGAUGGUGAUCGCAUCAUACAUUCGUUCCAAGACGAAUAUAAUUCUUUUA